GUGGCACAGUGAGCGGUUUGACGCGGCAGCGUGGAUCAACUGGACUUUGACGUCGAGGAGGAGGGAAACUACUUAAAGUGAAGUUGGGCCCAUCGGGAGGAACGGGUUGUACCUCGAGGUCCAAACCGUCCGAACAACCGGAGAAAUGACUGACCUGUACGUCUCCGUGGCGGUGUUGGGAGCCGCGGUGCUCCUCAGCGAGGCGACCCGCCGAACGGCAGCGCGUCUCUCCCGCGGAGCUUGUUGGAUUUACCUGCUGGAAGCGGCGUCCACCUUCCAGCUCUGCAGCUGCACUCACGAACUCAAACUCCUGGGCGAAACCACCCAGCUGGGGCUGCCUGUCGCCCUCGCCCUCACCUACACCGUGACGGUCAUCCACCUGAUAACUUUCCGGGAGGCGACGUGCAACCCCGGCGGGGCUCUGGAGAGCGUUUGCCGCGGGACCAGAAGCGUCCGAGCAGCCGUCGUCCUCAUAGCCUGCCAGUUCGCCGCCGCGGUCGCCGCGCAGUACUUCGCCGCGUCCGUGUGGUCGCUGGGCCUUUCCGACGUCCACAUCAGGCACCAGAGGUUCGGGUUCCGGUGCUUCGACCCCCUCGGUGGGACCUUGCUGGAGGCCGCGGCUGUCGAGCUGGCAUGCGCUUUCGUGGUCCAAGCUGCGGCCAUGCAUGUCCACAAGCUGGACGAAAUACUUCGCGCUCCGUUCAUCGCCGCGGUCAUCACCGCUGUGGUUUGCACAGGUGGAAGUAUUUCAGGAGCCGUUUUUAACCCCGUCCUGGCCUUCUCGGUCCAGUUCCCCUGCAGCGGCCACACCUACCUGGAGUACUGCUUCGUCUACUGGCUGGGACCAGUUUCAGGCAUGGCGAGCUGCAUCCUGCUGUUCGAGAAGAUCGUCCCUUUCCUCUCCGGAAAGAGUACGAUUGGGCUGGAGGUCCCUGCUGCCCAGAAACAGAAGACACAGUAGCAGCGUUUUAGUUUCCCCUUUUGUCAUUAACACCUAAAGAAGACUGCACAGGAAGUCCAGUUAUAACUUGUUUAUGUGCCAUAGCCUGGAGUCCCUGUUGUUAUCACACACACACACACACACACACAUAUACACACACUGUACUAAUAUACUAAUGGAUGCACUUUUACUUGUAAUGUGAGUUCACCUUGUCAAUGACUGCACAAUGUUAGCAACGUAAUACAUAUUGAACAUUUUUAGGCUUUUUCAUUGUAGCACAAAGAGGACCAGGACUUCUGGAGCCGCGGUCGAAGGAAAAACGGUGUCCGUUGCUUAUUUAACGUAUAAAUCCGCUUCGAACUAGAAACAAAGACUCAUUAUAGAACUAAUUUAACUUUUCCUUCCUAGUAAUAGCUGCCUGUCUGUCUCAAACCAAAGCUCACACAGAGAAUUAGAUGAAUAUAAAUCUUUAAUGUGACAUUACAGCCACUUAAUUUGAGCAUUUUCUCCAUGUGGUUUGGUACAUUUAUGAUCUUCUGGCUGUAUUUGUGUUAUUAGUCAGUGGAAGAUAUUUUAUUCUCACUUGUAUAACAGACAGAAGACAUUUCCUCAGCUACUUUUACAGUUUCAUCUCUAAAUCCUAAAAUAAGGGCUUUAAACUGAAUUAAAGGUGGAUUAUAGGUAAAAGGGGGGGAAACAGCACAGAUGUUUGGUGCUUUGAUUUGUUUUCAGUUGGAUUAAUGUGGGUGUAUUGUGCCCGGUUGUGAAAGCGUCACAUGUUCAGAUGUUUGUAACUACACCAAAAUGUUGGUGGCACACUUUUAUCAUGUAAAAUGGGUCAAAGAGGACAUUAUUUAAUGUUUCGGGGCACUGGGAGCCCUCCUAAGUUUGGAUGACCAAAGCUUUUUACUGCCAAAUCUUUUCCUGCAUAAAUCACGUCUGACUAUGUCGGUUAAGCUGAUAAUUUAUCUCCAAUACGGACAGAGAGUUAAAAGUACGCUAGUGUAAUGUUUGUGUUGGAACGGACAAUUUGAUUUACAACUUUUAUUACCUCUAGAGUCUGGAUGAAGAGUUUUUUGUUUCUAAGAGUGAUACUAGUGACUCUUUUAAGUAAUAAUGUGAAGCUAAAUGUUUGUUUUUCAGCAAGAGGUUUUGUAUAGUGUUGUAAUUUAAACUCAUUUCUAAUAAUCUUGUGUGAAAUAUUUUGAUUAAAAACAUAUAUAUUUGGAAAAGUUA